GCUGUAUUACUUGUCAGCAAGGAAGGGGGGAAAAGGGAUACUCCAGAGCAAGGUGCAAGCGUGGAACUGUGGCAUGCACCCUUCUCGCUAACACAGUCGUGCUUCUCCAGUUAGCUCCCUGACCGUCUCAAGGUAAACAAUUUCCCUUUUUUUCUUAUUUGAGAUGCAAUGCAACAGAUGUGCUUUUAGGAAAACACAGUGUUUCUCAUGAUUAAUCAACAGCAAUUUUUCAGGAAAAGGAUAAAAUGACUUCAAGGUAAAUUGCACCUGGGACCAAAAUUUGAGAUCAGGACAUGCCAGGAAAUGCAAACCAGAGAUAUGGGAAAGGAUUGACACCACUUAGAUGGAAAAUGAACGCUUAUCGUUGAGAGCUUUCUGUCUGAAACUGCCUGACACUAAACUUGUGGGGAUCAGUUUUUUGCUCUAGCCUAUGAAAAAGACCAGCUGCUGUUGAUUUAGGACAGAAUGGUCAUCAGUCACAGGAUACACUGAAGAGUAUUUGGCAUUGCUCUCAGUUCUCAAUCAUUUUUCUUUUCAGAAAGUUUGGAAGCAAAGAUGUGCAACCUAAAGCUGUCAGUUUUCUUCAUUGUACUUUCUGUCACACUGAGCUGUUUGGAAGCUACAUCUAUUGAGAAAUUAUUAUCUGUGACUGACGAUCUAUCUGAUGGGACUUCCAAGAGGCAAGAAUGGAUAUUGCCCGUAAUGCCACAGAACACACUCUCAGGACUUAGUGAGGAAAUGCCAGAACAGCUAGCAGCAAAGACAAAAAGUAGUCACCAGCUGGAGAAACGGAAGUGCAACACUGCUACAUGUGUGACACAACGCUUGGCUGACUUCUUAGUUCGUUCCAGCAGCAACAUCGGUGCAAUUUAUUCACCUACUAAUGUGGGGUCCAAUACAUAUGGAAAGAGGGACACAGCCGGGCUUCUAAGCAGAAAAUCCCAAAACAAUACAAGGUUUUAGGGUGUUUUAAUGACUAUCAAUACAGUUUUCAUUAGGAGCUCAGUUUCUAAUGUAUCAAUAACCUUUUGGUCAUUUAUUACUUGUACAGUCUUAACAGUGCCUUGUUUUCUUUGUGUACGUGUAUGUAAUUUAUGCAUGUAUAACAUCAUGCAUAGGCUAUUGUUUCAAAUCCUUUAAGAACUCCAGAAAUCUGCUUG